AUGCUUCUGCUCACACACUGGACAUUUAUCCCUAAAACAGGCCGAAUCUUCACCAUGGGUAUACGAAACCUUUAAGAAGAAAAGGUGCAGUCGUUAUAUUCCUUGUAAAAAGAAACCAGACCGGUGAGUAAUUAAUGAUAAAAAACCAUACUUUGUAGAUUCUAUAGUUGUUUACAAGAAUUACACAUGAGUGUUGCCAAAGAACAACAAAUGGACCAAGAAAACAGACUUUCAUGGGCUGCCUCAUUUAUGUAUCAGUGGAUUACUCUGAAUCAGGAAUAACUCUUAGGAAUAGCAAUUGAUAUUAUGCAAUGAUUGAUAUAAAUGGUCCGCAUGCCAUAGUAUUUUUUCCACCGGGAUUAAAAAGCUACAUACCAAAUAAAAAGAACUCUCAAUUAUACACGGUACGAUGUGAAAGUAGUGCUGAAAAGGUUUGGUUUGAAUAACUGAGACUCAAAAGUUAGAAUCGUGUGUACUAAAUAAAUUAUAGUACAUUGUGGAAUUACUUCUCAAAAGAUUUCAUUUGAAUGGUACCAUAGCAUUAUGACCAAUAUUCAUGUUCGUAAAUAUACUGAAAGAGAAUAGGUGAAACAUUUGACUUCUAAAUGUUAAAAACAAGUUAAGCAGGCUAGAAGAAACUGAAACAUAUAUGUUUACAUUUUUAGUUGCGGUUGUGGUCGUUCAAAGGCCUCCCAUGGUAACGAAACAGCAGAUGGACAAACGAACAGAGAACAUGAAUUAACAGAACCUGGACAGGCAAGUAGAACUGAGUUAAAUGUCGCUUACAUGAGGCUACCAGACUCUCUUCUCCGCAGCGGUUUCCGCAGUAAAAAUAUAAGAGCGUGGGGGGGGGGGGGGGGUGGGGGGGGGGGGGGAGAUAGUUUUUUCUUUUUUUCUUCUUCAUUUUCAUCUGCCUUUAGAAUUUUUGUUUUCCCCUCUCCCACCCCUCCCCGCGACCAAAACGGCACUACAGCGAGACGGGGGGCCUCACAUCUAUGUUCGUCAGCCUUUUCGGUGGGGGGGGGGGGGGGGGGGGGGGGGGGGGGGGGGAGAGAUCUCUCUCUUUCUCUCUUUCCCCUUUCCAUCGUCCCUUACACGCUUUCUUUUUCCCUCUCCCCAGCCUCGCCGCGACACAAACAGGACUAUACGGAGGAGAGAGGGCCACCAGUUCAAUUUUUGCAAUUUUUUGGGUGUAUAGUAUUAGUUCUGAUGUGUUUCAUGGUUGUUCUAACAAUCAAUCAGGAAACUAGCGCCAUUGAAUGGAAAGUUUCCGAGCACACAGAAAUAGAUGGACCGACGGAUGCUUUCGGCGAACUUGAAUUUACAGGAGCUGGACAAGCAAGUAGAGCUAAGGUAAGCUUAGACUUAAUUCCAUGUCUAUCACGCUAACACAAGGCAAAUAUAAUUAUGGAGGCUGUUUUUAUUUCUAUACACCCUACCGUAGUAAAAUGGAGGAUAAGUUGUACACUUUAGGGUUUGGGCUCGACAGAGACUAGGGAGCUUAAGCAUCAACAUUUUGGCCGAGCUACGGACGUCAACCGAAAGUGGACUUUUUACAUCAUUGUGUAGUGGUUUGGUUGAAACUCUCGGGUAAAUCCUCUUUAUAAGAGAAAAGAAACUUAGCAAUACAAAUUUGGUAGCGUCAGGGCAUGUAAAAAGGGAGAGGACCUCACUUCCAGUUGACGUGUGUCGCUCAAAAACAUCUUUGCUGAAGCUCCCUAUUAAAGAGUGGGACCCCGCCCUACGGACAGCCCCCUUGAUACGAACAUCCACAUUUAAGAACUUUUUUAUGACUUUCAUGGAUUAAUACAGUCUUUAACCCUUGUACUGAAGCCCUUUAAUAGAGUUUCGGCCUCACUAAAGACGUUUCACUUCCUUAGCUUUUUUGUUGAAGUCAUUGUUCCUACACUUCUUCCUCUUUGUCUGCUUUAGUAUUUACGUCAAUACAAGAUUUGUCCGUGACGUUUUACCGUUGAACCCGAUAAAUAUGGACGACACCAUGGUAUGUCCCCUUGGCCGUGUUCAUUAACCAGGUUCCCGGGUUUGUUGUUGGUUCUCUCCUUUGCUCCGAGAGGUUUUUCUCCGGGUACUCCGGUUUUCCCCUCUCCUUAAAAACCAACACUUCCAAAUUCCAAUUCGAUCUGGAACGCACGGACACGUCUCAAUGAGUUCUUAUGAACUCCUUAGUGAUCCGUGGGUAAACAAAUUACAAUUUACAAAUUUUUUUUACAAUUACUGUUUUUGAGGACUAUCCGAUAUGCUUUAGUGACUGCAAAUGUAACCCUGUAAAGCUUCAACAAACUCGCUUCAGAUUGAUGAAAUCUUAAGUUCGCUAGUUCUUAUCAUGGUUUUGUUUUUUUCGGUAGUUCAUUCGUAUUUCUGAUGACACUGAUCCUGACGAUGUUCUGCACCUUUUACAAGAGAAAUGGAAGUUAGAAUUACCUAAACUUGUCAUCUCUGUUACUGGUGGAGCAAAAAGCUUUGUCAUGCAUCCAAAAUUAAAGGAUUUGUUUCGACAGGGAUUGUUGAAGGUGUUUAAUUGUGUAAAGUAAAUCAUUAAUACACAUAAUCAUUGCUGGAAAUGUCAUCAUAAAAUAGUGUUUAGAUUCAGACUGCUAUUCAAGUCUGAAAGUAAGGCAAUGUUUACAUUAUGGCGUAUAGCUUUACCUGGCGCCACGAAAAGCUUUCCAGUAUAGUGUAAACAUAUCCUUAAUUAGUAAAAUCCAACAAGUGGUCUAUUAUCAAUGCUGCGUUCUAAUUGGUUGAGCUACUACUAAGCUAUAUGUUAUAGCUUACUAGUAGCGAAAAGCGCCAGAUUUUUGGCGGCAAAAAAGGAUUAAAGUCUUGCUUUAAGUUGUUUUGUGUCGAUAUUUUUGACCGACUAGUUGGAUUUUACUAAAACAAUUAUUCCUCUCGCCCUCAUGGCCCCUGAGUCAAUAGUCCAUUCGGCCUUCGGCCUCAUGGGCUAUUGACUCAGAGCCCAUCGAGGAAUAAUUGCUAAAGAUAUCAGUGCAAAGAGUGCCCGAAGUAAAAAAAGAGAAAAAAAUAAGAAGAAGGAGAAGAGGUUUCUUUUCUAAACUACCACAAAUUGACCUCUAAAAUAUUAGAAAAAAGAAAUAAACGGAAAAGGAUCACUUAAAAGGAUUUCUUUUGAAUGAGCCAUAGGAUUACAUCUUAAGGCUCAAAAGUUAUAACUUAACGUGCUAAAAAAAUAGUACCAGACUCCAAAAUUGUAUCUACAAAAAUAUAAUGGAUAAAUAGUACUAUGUGUAAGUACUACUGAAGAAGCAUCAUUUGAAUGGUUACUGCACAGGAUCUGGUCCGCAGACUAAAAAGUUAGAGCUACAUACUAAGUGAAUAGCACCAUGUGAAAGUACUGCUGAAGAAGUUACAUUUGAAUGGUCACCCCAUAGGAUUUCAUUUACAUAGUCAAAAGUUAGAAGAACUUCAUACUAAAUAAAUAGUACCAUGUGAAAGUACUGCUGAAGAGGUUUAAUUUGAAUGGUCACACCAUAAGAUUUUAUCCACAGACUCAAAACUUAGAACUACAGUAUAAGUUAAUACAAACUUGAUUGAUAUAUGAAUUUUAUUAAACUGAACUGCUAAACUGCGGGGUGAAGAAGUGAAUGCAGAGAUCAUCACAGCAAAUACGCAACUUAUCAAUAGUGUAGUGGCGAAAAGAAAGCAUAAUUAAAUUCAGGCUAGCUCAUUCUCUCUUGACCUUAGGUAGUCUUCUCUUCAUAUAUUUCUUCACCGGGCAGUUGAAUUAUGGGAAACUUAAUAUUUUUAUCAUAUAACCAGCUCCCAGUUGGUUUGUUAAUUGGUUAGAAUGCUGCACUGGCAACGCAUCCCGGGUUCCAAUCUUGGCAAGCCUGAACUUUUUCACCGUUUCUUCUCGCAACUGCAUAAGUUGCGUAUUUUACUGUGAUGAUCUUCUCUGAAUUAAUUUAAUACACUCGUACCCCCCCUAGCCUGUUCCAGGCUCUUCGUUAGUGGGGAUGACGCGUAAGUAAAAGGCAACCGAAAUUGUGAGCGCGUGAUCUGGGAAAAGGGGGCGGUGGCGGAAAAAGGAAUGGAGAGAGAAGAAGGGAGACGACCUUCUUCUCCGUACUUUCCUCCCGUUUUAAUUUCGUGUUCCGCUUUCUCAAUUUCUUGGAACCGACUACCUCGGAGCCUGGAACAGGCUAAACCUCCCCGAGCAACUAUUCAAAAUUAGAGGAUUUCUUGGUCUCUUAUGAAAAAGGCAGAGAAUUUAUUGCAAACAAUUUACUUUUCAAAGUUGUCACAGAAAGUUCUUCGUGUACUCUGGGUGGCGUAGUACAUACAGUGGACAAAAAAACGCCGCAACAUUCACCAAGUGGUCGCUUACCAGAGGUGAAAAACAAUGGAAAACUAUAAGACCAUCAGACCAAAAAGUGGUCGAGGUGGCUCAUAGGAGGUGAUCGUUUACGAGAGUUCUAACUAUAGAGCUUUCACGCAGGGGAAACUUCGGUGUUUUGAAUAGAUGGUCGCUUAUGGGAGGUGGGCACUUACGUCGCGAGAGGUGGUCGCACAUGGAGGUUCGACUGUAGCACAAAGAGGUUCUAGAUGAAACUGAAAAACAUCAUUAUUAAAGGGGCUGUGUCACGGCAGCCGAGUUCAUUUUGUUUAAUUUUGCCAAUUACUCGCCCUCAAUCGCUAUGGAAAUUAAAGAAAGCAAAGAAAUUACAGGUAUAUGACAAAAUCAGAGAUUCGAGACAAACAAAUAUGUCUCCUGAACAUUAUUUUUGAAGUUGCAAGCAGCAGGGAUCAACUUUGAAACACUGUUAGGCUGAACAGUUUUCAAAAACCCUAAUUUUAAUCCGUUUCAAUCUUCUUCAGUUUUGCCCAUCCGUGACAUCUGUUGUUUCUGUUAUGUUAUUUUAACCGUCCUUUAAAGUUUUAAGCAGUUAUUUUUAUGUUUCUCUUAAAUUAACGGGCGUUUUGUAAUUUCUUAAUUUGGCUGAAUUUCGUGACACAGCUCCUUUAAAAUCAUGUGAACAUCCCGAGCCUUUUAAAGUGCAUGGAGCCUUAGUGCCUUUGUCCUCAGCCUAAUAAGAUUUAAGUCUUUAAAACGAUGCUAUAAAAAUUGAACAAGUUCAAGAUCAUUUAGGGAAUACUCUGAAAAUCUUUCACGUGCAGAGCCCGGAUAGAUUAUGACGCUUUUCGAAACUUAUCGACAGCAACCCAUAAUACACUUGAUUCACUCCAUGACUACCCAAGGUCCCUUUCCUUAGCACCUGAAAGGAUUAGUCUGCCUUUAUCAUCACAAGACACCAUGAAAGGGUACCCAUUGAUGGUCUCUUGCUUAACAUCAGAAAGAACGAAUUGAAGGUUUUGAAAAAGUUCGUGACUUCGAAUACACGUACCCAAAGUAAAGAAAAAUAAGCGUAGAAAGGCUGUAUCCAUAAUAACUUCUAAUUUAACUCUUCAAAAUUUUUUGCACAGGCAGCCAAUACCACUGGUGCAUGGAUUAUAACAGGGGGAACAAACACUGGCGUACAGCGUCACGUAGGAGAGGCAUUAAAGGGUCAUACUGUAAUGUCACGAGUGGCAAUGCUCAAAGAUAAAACGUCU